AUGUACCGGAACGCGCGAUCAUCCUGCAAAAAGGCCAAAACAGGCUGCAAGACCUGCAAAAUCCGCCGGGUCAAAUGUGACGAAGGCCGACCAGCUUGCCGACGCUGCGUAUCAACCAGCCGAGUCUGCGACGGCUAUGGCAUUUGGGGAGGAGGCGGAAGUCCUUACGGGAAGCCACAGAGCAACCGGGCUCUAUCAACCUACUGCACACCGGUCCCAGCCGGCAACCUCAGUCACGAGGAACAGCUGUGCUUUGACUGGCUGAUUAAACGAACCGCAAAGAAGUUUGCCGGUUUAUUUCCAUCUGACUUCUGGGAGACCUUGAUCUUUCAAGCCAGCGCACAGGAACCCGCCGUGCGCCACGCUAUCAUUGCCUUGUCGUCUGCGCAUCGUUUCCAAGAACGAUAUGCUGCCGGGCCGAAUAAAUAUGACGAGGAGUGUUUCACUCUUCAGCAAUAUAACAAGGCAAUUCAACACCUACGCCUCAAUACGACCAACAAUGGCUACUCUCUCCGAGUAGCGCUGAUUACAUGUAUGCUCUUUAUCACUCUCGAAUUCAUGCGCGGGCAGUAUCAGAUGGGGAAUGCACAUCUCCAAUAUGGCAUGAAGCUCCUCUCCGAUAUAUCUGCGCCAUGGCCCCCGUCAUCCAUGGUCCCCACCAUUCUGUCUCCUGAAGAAGACUUUGCCUACCACGCCCUAGUGGACGCCUAUGUUCGACUAGGCAUUCACUCGGCCAUGUUUGGCCACGUGCCUUCACACGUGUAUCUUGUAACAAAAGACCCGCGAACUACCAGUCUUCCAUAUGUAUUCAGCUCGCUCCUUGAAGCAAGACGCAGCCUAGACGACCUCUUGAACAGAGUUCACUGUCUAAAAAAGCAUUACCACGACCACCACGCAUCCCAGACACCAACCAGCAGCCAACAAAUGCUCAAUACACAAAGCGCACUCCUUGCAGACCUAUCCCUCUGGCAUAAAGCAUACACCGUCUCAGUCGCACGCCUCGAAGCCAACAAGGUAUCCGGAAAAGACCAAACCGGCUACCUCCUCCUACGGGUGCACCACGAAAUGGCCACAAUAAUGGCCUCAGUUUGCCUGUCACCAGAAGGAACCGAAUCUGAGCUGAGAUUUGACACCUAUACGGAGAACUUCGUCAGAAUAAUGUCGGGCUUCCUCGAUAUAUGGAAAAGCUGGACAGCAACAGCAUUCAGCGAAGAAGAUUUCUCUAAACUAGCCACCGCACCUGACGACCUGAAAGCCAUCUUCCAGAACUUCAGUACGAUGUCCGACAUCAGCGCGAUCCUGGAGGACUCUCUACUAGAAAUCCUCGAAAAAGCCUCUAAAUUCAACUACUACCUGCAGGUACCGGACUGUGGUAGGAGAGGGUUCACCGUUGAGAUGGGGUACAUCCCGCCUGUAUACUACACGGCUCUUAAGUGCCGUGUUCCGCGGAUCCGCAGGCAGGCUGUGAGGGCGUUGAGGGCUGCGCCGCAUCGAGAGGGGGUGUGGGAUGGUACGAUUCUGGCGGAUGUUCUGGAGGAGAUUAUUAGGGUUGAAGAGGGGGAUUUUUAUGCUGGUGAUGUCCGUGUCAAUUCGUCUGUUGGGCAUAUCCUACCCGGGAACGAGGAUUUGCUUGUGCCGAAGGUGCCAGCCGAGGCAAGGGUCUCGGAUGUUAGGGUACUUCUGCCGAAUGAUGUUGGGGGGCAUACUUAUGUUAGCUAUCGGAAGAGGGCUGGGGAUGGUGAGUGGGUGACUUUCAAGCAGAAUAUUGGUGUAUAG